AUGGCUGUGAAUAAUUCAUCACCUGGAAGUUCUGUUGGAAUUAUCAGAGAACUAAAGGACUUUGGUAACGGGCAGGUCAUCGUGCAGAACGAAAUUCUCUAUUAUUUUCUUUUAGUGAACUUAUGGGGUCCAGGACUUGCAGUCUGUGUAUUCGGGAUCAUUACUAACAUUCUAAAUAUUAUCGUGUUUAAUAAACAAGGUGUGAGGAACACUGUGAACAUCAGCCUGCUGGGUCUGGCUACCUCAGAUCUAGGCUCUCAGGUUACCCUUCUGUAUACAAGCAUUAGCUUUCUUCCGGCCUUUGCAGCACUGGAUCUGCCUUAUGUCCAGUAUGACGUCAUGUAUAUCUCGGCCUGGUGCCAUAUAAUGUUCACCAGAAUCAGUGCCUGGAUUACGGCUUAUAUUACUCUGGAGAGAUGUUUGUGUGUCACUGCCCCUUUGAGAGUCAAAAAUCUCUUCACCCCUACAAGAACAUUUCUAUAUCUGAUGUUUGUGUAUCUAAUCAUGCUGGCCAGUGUUAUCCCGUGCUUCUACACCGCAAAACCAAGUACCAUCUUCGACGCAUCAAGAAAUAAGAGCUUAGUAGGACUGACAUUCCCGGAAGAUCGUGGCGAGAUAGAUAACAUAACAUUUGUAACAAACAAUGCAAUUCCGAAUGUAUCGUUCUUUCUAGUGGCCAUUUGUACAGCUGUACUAGUUAUAAACUUACGGAAGAAAUCGAAAUGGCGUAAACAAGUGACUAAUACACCUACAGCAACAGCCGUUUCGGAAAGAGACAGCAAGAUAGUCAAAAUGGUGGUACUUAUAUCUGUCGUAUUUAUUAUUUGUUACUUUCCAGGAACAGCGGCGUUUGUUUACGUAAUUAUGGACAGUGAGAUGAGGUUCGACGGACUACACAGGAACCUUUGCUUUGCUGUGUUUUCUGUGAUGUUCCAUCUGGAAUCCAUCAACGCUAGUUUUAACAUUUUCAUUUACCUUAGUUUGAGUUCAAAGUUUAAAAGUACGCUACACGAGAUUAUGGUCUUAUUUAAAAGAAGCAGUUCUGUAAAACAGACACGGAAGUAA